AACUCCUCCACCGCCAUUCCUUAACGCAACUUCCAACUUCCCCAUCACUCCCUUUCUUUUUUAUAUACAAAACUUCUCUUUAGUCCUUUACUCACUCACUCAACUCUUAUUCACUUUUCCCGUUUCCUUCUUCCUCAGUGUAAUUUCUCCUGAAUUUGCUCACCAACAACAAGAACAAGUUAUGGCUAUUGAAGCUUUGAAAUCACCAACAACAGAACCAACUCCUACUACACCACCCAUCUAUGAACAAGUCAAUUUGGAUUCUAGUACCAAGGGAAAACGUUCGAAACGUCCUCGCAAUGAAAUCCAACCAACUGAAGAGGAGUUUCUUGCCCUCUGUCUUAUCAUGCUUGCUAGAUCAGGCGGCGGCCGCACAAAUUCUACUCAUCAUGAUACUACUACUACUGCUGCUGCUGCUGUUCAACAACAGAAGAAACAAAUUACCUACGACCCACUACCACGACAAGAUCAAGAAGCAUUAAUAGAGCAACAUUCUUACAAGUGUAGCGUAUGUAACAAGUCUUUUGCUUCUUAUCAAGCACUUGGUGGGCAUAAAGCAAGCCACCGUAAUAAACACUCCACUACUACUGCCGCCACCGUUUCAGAUGAUAAUUCUACAUCAACUUCUUUAAACCCUAGUGCUCGUUCUCACGAGUGCUCUAUAUGCCACAAGUAUUUUCCUACUGGUCAAGCUUUGGGUGGCCAUAAACGCCGCCACUACGAAGGCAAGAUUAUUGGUGGUGGUGGGGGUAGCCGUGAAGCCGGUGGUAGCCACACCGUGAUAUCGUCGGAAGCCGGUGGUAGCCACACCGUGAUAUCGGCGGAAGCCGGUGGUAGCCACACCCUGAUAUCGUCGGAAGCCGGUGGUAGCCACACCCUGAUAUCGUCGGAAGCCGGUGGUAGCCACACCCUGAUAUCGUGGGAAGCCGGCGGCUCAGCCCGGACAGUGAGAGACUUUGACCUGAAUCUGCCGCCGCCGCCAGAAUUUUCUUUGGGACUGACCGUUGACUGCGAAGGGAAAAGUCAACUUUCCAGCGAGCAAGAAGUAGAAAGCCCUAUGCCUACUAAGAAACCGCGUUUAUUUUUUUCGGAUUGAUGAGAAUUAGUUAAAUUGUUUGAAAAAAAUAGUAAAUUGAUUUACUGUGAUCCUUUUUUUUUUUUUUUAGAGAAAAAGAAACUAUAGUUUUACCUACUUGAUUUAGGACAGUGUUUGUUAGAGAGAGUAGGCCAUUCUUAUUGAACUUCGUUAUUGGUUAUUCAUUUGUUCAGUUAGAUCAUUGACACUUGAAUACAGAAUUACUGGAAUAAAUUUAUUGCUCUAC